CAUCAAUAUUGGUUGGCGUAGAUUUCUGCCUUGUGAUAAUUCUCUUUGAUGUUUUACCACGGUUUUUUUUAAUUUGAUAUUUACAGUUUAAUUGUGAGAGCAUAAAUAAAUUUAAUUUUACUUAAUAUAAAAUAAUGAAACGUUUAUUGACUACUCGUUCAUACUGUGUGUCAGUAGCUAAAGCCGUAGAGGAAAAGCUAGAUUUUAAACAAUUACGUCACAUUAGCAAAGUUCCCGAACAACCGGUAAGAGAGGAGUUGGAACAUUCAAAUGAAAAAUUAAUAGAAAUAAGUAAGAAAACAGUACAGCUAUUGGAGCGUCUUGCUUUGGUAAAUCUGGAUGGUGAAGAAGCUUUGAAAACCUUAAGAAGUAGUAUACAAUUUGCCAAAAGGAUUGAAAAUAUUGAUAUUACAAAUAAGAAACCUUUAUACACAGUUUUAGAAAAUCAGGCGUUACAUCUACGUUCUGAUAAAAUCAGCGAAGGAAACUGCAGGGAAGAAAUUCUUAAGAACGCUAAAAUCACUGAAGAAGACUACUUUAUUUCCCCUCCUGGCAAUAUACCUUUACAACAAGAAGAAGAUAUAAUUAAAAAUUAAAUUAAAAAAUUUGAUAUGGCGAAUCCUUUUAAGAAUAUAUUGAAAUGUUUAAAUGAUUAUAAUUAUUUAACAGCAAAAUGUGUUUUGGAUAUGUAAACAACUGUUGAAAUCUUCACCAAGUUGGGCUACACCGUAUGGUGCU